ACCCUGCUACAUUGUUGAGGAGGUAAAUGGGACUCACCUGGUAUGCAGGACCAGCCCCAGUAACCAGACAGCAGAGCUGACAGUGAGGGUGUUGUUUGGGAAGGCAGAGAGGAGCGUACCUGGGCAGGUGUUUCACUACAUGGAGGACCCUGUCAUCACCGCAGCAUCGCCUGCUGAGAGCUUCUACGAGGGUGGGCGUAGUAUAAAGGUGAGUGGGCGUAGCCUGUACGUGGUCCAGCAGCCAAUGCUGACUGUGUGGGUGGAGCCUAAAGAGAACACGCUGGUGAGGAGGAGGAGGAACAACCAACUGGUCUUCAACAGCACCGUUUCAAAGCAGGAGCGUUGUACGGUGGUCUCUUCCUCUGAGAUGAACUGUUUGACCCCGCGUGUGAUCCCUGACACUAAGGUCAUGGGGGUGUGGUUUGAGCUGGACAACGUUAAGGUGUCGUUUGAGAGCGUCGCGGGGAAGACGUUCUCUUACUACCCCAACCCCGAGCUGUUGGCUCUGAACAGAGAUGACCCAGACACACCCUACCGCUUCAAACCUGGAGGGGUCAUCGCUGUAGAGGGUAAGGACCUGACUAACCCAUGUCUCCCCCAGGGUAAGGACCUGACUAACCCAUGUCUCCCCCCCCAGGGUAAGGACCUGACUAAACCCAUGUAUCCCCCCAGGGGUAAGGACCUGACUAACCCAUGUCUCCCCCAGGGUAAGGACCUGGUCUCCCCCAGGGGUAAGGACCUGAGCCCAGCUCUCACCCAGGGUAAGGACCUGGGACCCAGGGGUAAGGACCUGACUAACCCAUUUCUCUCCACCCAGGGUAAGGACCUGACAACCCAUGUCUCCCCCAGGGUGGUAAUGGGGAAGCUGAACGUAGAUCUGGGCACAGUGCAGUAUGACACAGAAGGCCUCUUACCUGUCCCUCUGGCUGCCCAGGUGGGUCUGGCUGCAGGGGCUGUUGUGGUGGUCCUAGUGGUGCUGGUCAUCAUCCUCAUGUACAGGAGGAAGAGCAAACAGGCUCUGAGAGACUACAAGAAGGUCUUGGUUCAGCUGGAGACUCUGGAGAUCAAUGUGGGAGACCAGUGCAGGAAGGAGUUCACAGAUCUGAUGACAGAGAUGAUGGAUCUGAGUAGUGAUGUGGGUGGACCAGGUAUUCCUCUCCUGGACUAUAAGACGUAUGCGGAGCGCGUGUUCUUCCCCGGCCAGAGGGGGGCUCCACUGAGUCAGGACCUGAACCUGCCAGAGUCCCGCAGGCAGACAGUAGAACAAGGACUGGGACAACUCAACAGCCUCCUCAACAACAAGCUGUUCCUUAUCAGGUUCAUCCACACCCUCGAGGCCCAGCAGAACUUCUCCCAGCGUGACCGUGGCUACGUGGCAUCUCUCCUGACCAUGGCCCUGCACGACCAGCUGGAGUACUUCACUGAUGUCAUGAAGACCUUACUGGGAGACCUGGUGCAGCAAUAUGUCUCCAAGAACCCCAAACUCAUGCUGCGCAGGACGGAGACGGUGGUGGAGAAGAUGCUCACCAACUGGAUGUCCAUCUGUCUCUACUCCUUCCUCAAGGAGGUGGCUGGGGAGCACCUGUAUAUGCUGUACAGAGCCAUCAAGUACCAGGUGGAUAAGGGACCAGUAGACGCUGUGACGGGGAAGGCCAGGCGCACCCUGAACGACAGCCAUCUGCUGAGAGAGGACAUCGACUACUGCUCCAUCACUCUGACGGUGAUGGUGAAGAGUGGUGUGGAGGUGCAGCCGUGUCCCGUCAAGGUGUUGGACACUGACACCAUCACACAGGUCAAAGACAAGAUCCUAGACCAGAUCUAUAAAGGAGCUCCCUUCUCACAGAGACCUGCUGCAGACUCACUAGACCUGGAAUGGAGAUCGGGGCAGGCGGGUCACCUGACUCUGUCAGACGAUGACGUCACAGCAGUCGUCCAGGGACGCUGGAAGAAACUCAACACUCUGCAGCACUACAAGGUGCCAGACGGAGCGACCGUGGCUCUGAUCCCCAGAUCAGCUGUCGUCAUGGGGAUACCCCAGGUCUACCAGACUGGAGAGAAGAUGCCCAUGUUGGAGGGGGAGGAGGGGCUGAGGCUGUGGCACCUGGUGAAGUCCAACGAGGAACCAGAGAUCCCCAAACACAGCAGCAUGAGAGAGAGGGAGAGGGCCAAGGCCAUACCAGAGAUAUACCUGACACGACUACUAUCUAUGAAGGGGACGCUGCAGAAGUUUGUAGACGAUGUGUUCAUAGCCAUUCUCAACACCAAGCGUCCUCCUCCCAUCGCUGUGCGUUUCUUCUUUGACUUCCUGGAUGACAUGGCGGAGAAACACGGCAUCGACGACCCCGAGACCGUGCACAUCUGGAAGACCAACAGCCUGCCUCUGAGGUUCUGGGUGAACAUCUUGAAGAAUCCUCAGUUUGUGCUGGACGUUCAGGUGACGGAUAGCGUGGACGCCGUCCUCUCGGUCAUCGCUCAGACGUUCAUCGACUCCUGCACCACCUCCGAACACAAAGUCGGACGGGACUCGCCGGUGAACAAGCUGCUCUACGCCAGAGAGAUCCCCAGAUACAAGCAGCUGGUUGAGAGGUACUACAGUGACAUCCACAGUGCAGCGUCUGGCUGUUAUCAAGAGAUGAACUCUACUCUAACGGAGUUGUCUGGGAGUUUUGCCUCAGAGAUGAACAGUCUGGUGGCUCUGCACGAGCUGUACAAGUACAUCAACAAGUACUACGACCAGGUCAUCGUGUCUCUGGAGGACGACGCAGCUGGACAGAAGAUGCAGCUGGCCUAUCGUCUACAGCAGGUCGCUGCCCUGGUGGAGAACAAGGUCACUGACCUUUAACCCCUGAUCUCUGACCUGUGGCCUCGAGCAGGUCGCCCCCCUGGUGGAGAACAAGGUCGCCGACCUUUAACCCUUGAUCUCUGACUCCUGACCUGUGGCCGACAGCAGGUCACCGCCCUAAGGGAGAAUAAGGUCACUGAGCUCUAACUAGGGACGGAAUGUGAAAAGGGCCCUGUCAGUCAAAACCCACACAGCGCUAUGAAGUGGAGCGCCUGACGUCAUGUAUAGCAUGUUACCCUACAGACACUGAGCUCUGAUGUCAUGUAUAGCAUGUUACCCUACAGACACUGAGCUCUGACGUCAUGUAUAGCAUGUUACCCUACAGACACUGAGCUCUGACGUCAUGUAUAGCAUGUUACUGAACAGACACUGAGCUCUGACGUCAUGUAUAGCAUGUUACCCUACAGACACUGAGCUCUGACGUCAUGUAUAGCAUGUUACUGAACAGACACUGAGCUCUGACGUCAUGUAUAGCAUGUUACCCUACAGACACUGAGCUCUGACGUCAUGUAUAGCAUGUUACCCUACAGCCACCGCGUUCCAAUUCAGGGCGUUUAUCAGUAUCCAAAUCUGCCAUUUCAACCCUGAACGAGGAACGAGGGUGAAGGGUUAACAUAACAAAAGCUGUGCCAAAUAAUGCAUCUUACAACAGGCUCAUCUGUAAAACAGACCCUGGUCUCAGUAGGACUUCCUGAUCUAAUAAACAGACCCUGAUCUCAGUAGGACUUCCUGAUCUAAUAAACAGACCCUGGUCUCAGUAGGACUUCCUGAUCUAAUAAACAGACCCUGGUCUCAGCAGGACUUCCUGAUCUAAUAAACAGACCCUGGUCUCAGCAGGACUUCCUGAUCUAAUAAACAGACCCUGGUCUCAGUAGGACUUCCUGAUCUAAUAAACAGACCCUGGUCUCAGUAGGACUUCCUAAUCUAAUAAACAGACCCUGGUCUCAGUAGGACUUCCUGAUCUAAUAAACAGACCCUGGUCUCAGUAGGACUUCCUGAUCUAAUAAACAGACCCUGGUCUCAGCAGGACUUCCUGAUCUAAUAAACAGACCCUGGUCUCAGCAGGACUUCCUGAUCUAAUAAACAGACCCUGGUCUCAGUAGGACUUCCUGAUCUAAUAAACAGACCCUGGUCUCAGCAGGACUUCCUGAUCUAAUAAACAGACCCUGGUCUCAGCAGGACUUCCUGAUCUAAU